AUGGGUGGGUGUCUUCCAAGCUUAAGAUCAUUAAACAAUCAAGCAAAUGAUGUAAGAGUAACACCUAACUCGGAUCCUUCGUCUCGCAAUUUUACUAGCCCAAUCGACGGUGUAGGUGAUUCUUCUCCUAAUAUAAACGGUUCAAUAGCUCUAACUAAUAUUGAACCAAUACCGGAAAUUGAUGCAAAGAUCCCUCAUUCAGAAGUAAUUGCCGCCAAAUCCUUCACGUUUCAAGAGCUUGCUUCAGCCACAAAGAAUUUUAUGCCCGAGUGUCGCAUAGGAGAAGGCGGUUUUGGUCACGUUUACAAGGGUCAACUAGAGAGCACGGGACAGAUUGUUGCGGUGAAACAACUGGAUUUAAAUGGUAUUCAAGGAAAUGAAGAAUUUCUCAUGGAGGUUCUAAUGCUAAGCCAUUUGAAACAUGAGAAUCUAGUCAACUUAAUCGGUUAUUGCGUAGAUGGAGACCAACGCAUUCUUGUUUACGAGUUUAUGUCUCUUGGAUCAUUGGAUGGUCAUUUGUUCGAUUUGAAUAAAGAUAGACAACCUUUAGAUUGGAAUACCCGGAUGAUGAUAGCAUUGGAGGCUGCUAGAGGAUUAGAGUAUUUGCACGACGAGGCAGACCCACCAGUCAUUUUCAGAGACUUCAAAACAUCGAAUAUCCUUCUACACGACAAUUAUGUGACAAAGUUAUCGGACUUUGGACUCGCAAAACUCGGACCUGUCGACGACAAAUCACACAUAUCCACCAGAGUAAUGGGUACAUUCGGUUAUUGUGCACCCGAUUACGCCAUGACAGGACAACUCAAUGUUAAAUCCGAUGUAUAUAGCUUUGGUGUCGUUUUACUCGAAAUUAUUACCGGUCGUAAGUCUAUUGAUGAUACCCGACAAGUAGAUGAACGUAAUCUUGUAUUAUGGGCGAAACCGCUUUUUAAAGAUAGGAGAAAAUUUGUGAAAAUGGUUGAUCCUAUGUUAGAAGGGAGAUAUCCUUGUAGAGGUCUUUAUCAAGCUCUUGCGAUUGCGGCUAUGUGUUUGCAAGAUGAGGCUGUUUCUAGGCCUUCAAUGGUGGAAAUUGUGAUAUCUUUGAUGUAUAUAGUUUCUCAAAAGUAUGAUCCAAAUGAUGUUAAGGGAAGAGCUAGUAGGCAAUUGUUAGUUGCAUCGUCGGAGUUGAAGAAUUUAGAUUGGCAAGAUUUACGGACACAAUUUAAAGAGCGAUGGAAGAACGAGAACGUGGGAGAGGCCGAUGGAGCGGGGCCUUCCGACCGGAAGUUAGGUCCAUCGGGGCCUUCCGACCGGAAGUUAGAAACCAUAAGGCCUUCGGAUCGGAAGUUAGAAACCAUAAUGCCUUCGGACCGGAAGUUAGAAACCAUAAUGCCUUCGGACGGGAAGUUAGAAACCAUAAUGGAAGAUGAAAUAUCAAUGUUUUAUUAG